AUGCUAGAGGAUGACAAGCUGGAGGAUAACAUGCUGAAGGAUGACAUGCAAGAGGAUGACAUGCUGGAGGAUGACAUGCAAGAGGAUGACAUGCUGGAGGAUGACAUGCUGGAGGAUGACAAACUAGAGGAUGACAUGCUAGAGGAUGACAUGCUGGAGGAUGACAUGCCAGAGGAUGACAAGCUGGAGGAUGACAUGCUAGAGGAUAAACUGGAGGAUGACAUACUGGAGGAUGACAAGCUGGAGGAUGACAAGCUGGAGGAUGGCAAGCUGGAGGAUGACAUGUUGGAGGAUGACAUGCUGGAGGAUGACAAGCUGGAGGAUGAAAUGCUGGAGGAUGACAAGCUGGAGGAUGGCAAGCUGGAGGAUAGCAAGCUGAAAGAUGACAUACUGGAGGAUUACAUGCUGGAGGAUGGCAUGCUGGAGGAUGGCAUGCUGGAGGAUGGCAUGCUGGAGGAUGACAUGCUGGAGGAUGGCAUGCUGGAGGAUGGCAUGCUGGAGGAUGGCAUGCUGGAGGAUGACAUGCUAGAGGAUGAGAGGCUGGAGGAUGACAUGCUAAAGGAUGACAUGCUAGAGGAUGACAUGCUAAAGGAUGACAUGCUAGAGGAUGACAUGCUAGAGGAUUACAAGCUGGACGAUGGCAUACUAAAGGAUGACAUGCUGGAGGAUGACAUGCUGGAGGAUGACAAGCUGAAGGAUGAUAAGCUGGAGGAUGACAAGCUGGAGGAUGACAAGCUGGAGGAUGACAUGCUGGAGGAUAAACUGGAGGAUGACAUGCUGGAGGAUGAAAAGCUGGAGGAUGGCAAGCUGGAGGAUGACAAGCUGGAGGAUGGCAAGCUGGAGGAUGACAAGCUGGAGGAUGACAAGCUGGAGGAUGACAAGCUGGAGGAUGAUAUGCUGGAGGAUGACAAGCUGGAGGAUGACAAGCUGGAGGAUGACAAGCUGGAGGAUGACAUGCUGGCGGAUGACAUGCUAGAGGAUGACAUGCUAGAGGAUGACAAGAUGGAGGAUAACAUGCUGAAGGAUGACAUGCAAGAGGAUGACAUGCUGGAGGAUGACAUGCAAGAGGAUGACAUGCUGGAGGAUGACAUGCUGGAGGAUGACAAACUAGAGGAUGACAUGCUAGAGGAUGACAUGCCAGAGGAUGACAAGCUGGAGGAUGACAUGCUGGAGGAUAAACUGGAGGAUGACAUACUGGAGGAUGACAGGCUGGAGGAUGGCAAGCUGGAGGAUGACAUGUUGGAGGAUGACAAGCUGGAGGAUGGCAAGCUGGAGGAUGGCAAGCUGGAGGAUGGCAAGCUGAAAGAUGACAUACUGGAGGAUGACAUGCUGGAGGAUGGCAUGCUGGAGGAUGGCAUGCUGGAGGAUGGCAUGCUGGAGGAUGACAUGCUGGAGGAUGACAUGCUGGAGGAUGACAUGCUGGAAGAUGACAUACUGGAGGAUGACAUGCUGGAGGAUGGCAUGCUGGAGGAUGGCAUACUGGAGGAUGGCAUGCUGGAGGAUGACAUGCUGGAGGAUGACAUGCUGGAGGAUGACAUGCUGGAAGAUGACAUACUGGAGGAUGACAUGCUGGAAGAUGGCAUGCUGGAGGAUGGCAAGCUGGAGGAUGGCAAGCUGAAAGAUGACAUACUGGAGGAUGACAUGCUGGAGGAUGGCAUGCUAGAGGAUGGCAUGCUGGAGGAUGACAUGCUGGAGGAUGACAUGCUGGAGGAUGAUAUGCUGGAGGAUGGCAUGCUGGAGGAUGACAUGCUGGAGGAUAACAUGCUGGAGGAUAAACUGCAGGAUGACAUGCUGGAAGAUGCAAGCUGGAGGAUGACAUGCUGGAGGAUGACAUGCGAUGACAUGCUAGAGGAUGACAUACUAGAGGAAGACAUGCUAGAGGAUGACAAGCUGAAGGAUGACAAGCUGGAUGAUGACAAGCUGGAGGAUGACAAGCUGGAGGAUGACAAGCUGGAGGAUGACAAGCUGGAGGAUGACAAGCUGGAGGAUGACAGGCUAGAGGAUGACAUGCUGGAGGAUGACAUGCUGGAGGAUGACAUGCUGGAGGAUAAACUGGAGGAUGACAUGCUGGAGGAUGAAAAGCUGGAGGAUGGCAAGCUGGAGGAUGACAAGCUGGAGGAUGGCAAGCUGGAGGAUGACAAGCUGGAGGAUGACAGGCUGGAGGAUGGCAAGCUGGAGUAUGACAUGCUGGAGGAUGACAUGCUGGAGGAUGACAUGCUGGAGGAUGACAUGCUGGAGGAUGAAAGGCUGGAGGAUGAAAGGCUGGAGGAUGAAAGGCUGGAGGAUGAAAGGCUGGAGGAUGACAAGCUAGAGGAUGGCAAGCUGGAGGAUGACAAGCUGGAGGAUGACAAGCAGGAGGAUGGCAAGCUGGAGGAUGACAAGCUGGAGGAUGGCAAGCUGGAGGAUGACAUGCUGGAGGAUGACAUGCUGGAGGAUGACAUGCUGGAGGAUGACAUGCUGGAGGAUGACAUGCUGGAGGAUGACAUGCUGGAGGAUGGCAUGCUGGAGGAUGGCAAGCUGGAGGAUGACAUGCUGGAGGAUGACAUGCUGGAGGAUGACAAGCUGGAGGAUGGCAAGCUGGAGGAUGACAAGCUGGAGGAUGGCAAGCUGGAGGAUGACAUGCUGGAGGAUAAACUGGAGGAUGACAUGCUGGAGGAUAAACUGGAGGAUGACAUGCUGGAGGAUGACAAGCUGGAGGAUGGCAAGCUAGAGGAUGACAAGCUGGAGGAUAAGCUGGAGGAUGGCAAGCUGGAGGAUGACAUGCUGGAGGAUGACAUGCUGGAGGAUGACAUGCUGGAGGAUGACAAGCUGGAGGAUGAAAUGCUGGAGGAUGACAAGCUGGAGGAUGGCAAGCUGGAGGAUGGCAAGCUGGAGGAUGGCAAGCUGAAAGAUGACAUACUGGAGGAUGACAUGCUGGAGGAUGGCAUGCUAGAGGAUGGCAUGCUGGAGGAUGACAUGCUGGAGGAUGAUAUGCUGGAGGAUGGCAUGCUGGAGGAUGACAUGCUGGAGGAUAACAUGCUGGAGGAUAAACUGCAGGAUGACAUGCUGGAAGAUGCAAGCUGGAGGAUGACAUGCUGGAGGAUGACAUGCUAGAGGAUGAGAGGCUGGAGGAUGACAUGCUGUUGGAUGACAAGCCAGAGGAUGACAUGCUGGAGGAUGACAAGCCAGAGGAUGACAUGCUGGAGGAUG